AUGCCCGCUUACAGACUCGAACUCGCCUCCUCCAGCCGCGCUCUGUGCAACGGCAAGAAACCCUGCUUCAAGACCAAGAUCGACAAGGGCCAGCUCCGUCUCGGUGUCUGGGUUGAGAUCCCAGGCCGUGGAGGUAGUUUCAAGUGGCGCCAUUGGGGUUGCGUGACGCCUGAAGUCAUCAAGCACUGGAAGGAAGACUUCAGUGAGGCUGAGGAGCUUGAUGGAUAUGAGGAUUUGUCUGAGGAUCUGCAGCAAAAGGUGAAGGAUGCUUGGGCUGAAGGACAUGUCCGCCCUGAAGAUGUCCCCGAAUCGGCCAAGGUUGAAAAGGUCGAAGAGGGUGCCGAAGACGCCGAAGCCGAGCUGACGGCCAAAAAGCCCGCCGCUAAGAAGGGUGGUAAGAAGGCCAAAAAGGAUGAGGAUGAAGAGGGCGAGGAUGCUGGGGAGGCCGCUCCUAAGAAGCGAAAGGCCCCUGUCAAGAAGUCGAAGAAGGAGGAGCCCAGCGAUGAGGAUGUAGAGGAUGACGCGGAGGAAGAGGAGGUGCCAAAGAAGAAGAGAAAGGCGCCCGCCAAGAAGAGUGCAAAGGCUGCAAAGGAGGAAGCUGAGAAGGAAGAUGACGCAGAGGCUACUGAAGAGGUGGUAGAGAAGCCCAAGUCCAAGGGCCGAGGUCGACCCAAGAAGGACGCUGCGUAA